AUGGAAAGCAAACUCAAAUACUCAUCAAAUGCUAGCAUUCAAACCGUGCUGCUCCAAAUCAGCACAUCCCCUUUCACAAAAUCACAGAAAAAAUGGCGAGUCGCUUGCCUCGUCAUACACGUCUCGCUAUCUCUCGCGAAAUGCAUUCUUCCCUCCAAAAAUCAUUCAAACACUCUUAUUCUCCCCCACACAGUUCUCGAAAUCAGCGAAUCCGAAGACACCAAAAAAACCGAGCUUAAUCCUUCAAAGCUCGCGCAAAUGGUGAAAAACAAGAACCUCUCGGAACUCAAGGCCCUCGGAGGUGCCCGUGCCGUGGUUGACCUCUUGUUGACCGACACGGAAAACGGAGUCAGCUCAGACGAGCCCAACCUAACCAACCGCCGGUUAAAAUUCGGUUCAAACACGUACAAGAAGCCCGCCCCUAAAGGCCUAUUCUAUUUCAUAAUCGAGGCAUUCAAAGACACGACCAUACUUAUUCUCCUCGUAUGCGCGGCACUCUCUUUAACCUUUGGAAUAAGAGAGCACGGCAUAAGAGACGGGUGGUACGAAGGCGGGAGCAUAUUCGUGGCGGUUUUCUUAGUGGUUGCUGUGUCUGCCGCCAGCAACAUCCGGCAAGAGAGACAGUUCGACAGGCUGUCGAGAAUCAGCAACGAUAUUAAAGUCGACGUGAUGAGAGACGGACGGAGGCAGACCAUCUCGAUUUUCGAAGUGGUGGUUGGAGAAGUCGUGUUUUUGAAAAUCGGAGAUCAAAUUCCGGCGGACGGGUUGUUUGUAGACGGGCACUCGUUUCGAGUGGACGAGUCGAGCAUGACGGGCGAAAGCGACCACGUUGAGGUAAAUUCGUCUCGAAACCCGUUUUUGCUGUCGGGUUCGAAAGUGGCGGACGGGUAUUCGAGGAUGGUGGUGGUCUCGGUUGGGAUGAACACAGCAUGGGGAGAGAUGAUGAGCUCGAUUACGAGGGAUGUGAACGAGCAGACGCCACUUCAGGAGAGGCUCGACAGGCUGACAUCAUCGAUCGGGAAAGUGGGCUUAGCCGUGGCCUUUUUCGUUUUGUUGGUGAUGCUCGUAAGGUAUUUCACUGGGAAUACGGAGGAUGAGAGAGGGUUUCGGGAGUUUAACGGGGUCGACCGCGAUUUGAACGAUGUGUUCAACUCGGUUUUAAGGAUAGUUUCAACUGCAGUAACUAUUGUGGUUGUGGCUAUACCUGAAGGGCUGCCGUUGGCCGUGACACUCACGCUUGCGUACUCGAUGAAACGUAUGAUGGCUGAUCAGGCCAUGGUGAGAAAGCUCUCGGCUUGCGAAACUAUGGGGUCUGCCACGAUAAUAUGCACAGACAAGACGGGCACUCUGACUCUAAACCAGAUGACGGUAACCAAGUUCUUUGUUGGGCAGCAAGAAGUUCGGCAGGAGAAAUCCCGAUUCAUUAAUUGGGAACUGCUCGAGCUUUUUUGUCAAGGAAUUGGGUUUAACACGACGGGCAGUGUUUACAAGCCGAAAACGGGCUCUGUGGUUGAGUACUCAGGCAGCCCGACUGAGAAAGCGAUUCUCAGAUGGGCUGUCCAGGAUUUGUUCAUGGAUAUUGAGAAAAUGAAGCGUGAUUACGCCAUUGUGCACGUCGAGACGUUUAAUUCAGAUAAAAAACGAAGUGGGGUCCUGAUCAGGAACAAUGCCGACGAUUCUCAUCACCUGCACUGGAAAGGAGCGGCCGAGAUGUUACUAAAAAAUUGUUCGAAUUAUCUCGAGCUCGACAGCCAAAAGCCGAAGCCUAUUACUGAAGAAAAACGUGCUCAGAUCGAAAGGAUUAUUCAGGGCAUGGCGGCUAGUAGUUUACGCUGCAUAGCGUUCGCUCACCUACAAGUGGCACCCAAAAAACACGAACCGGACAAAAACGAGCGUCUAGAAGAUAAGGACCUGACCUUGCUCGGGAUAGUCGGGUUGAAGGAUCCGUGCAGGCCUGGGGCCCGAAAGGCGAUUCAGUCCUGCAGAGCUGCCGGAGUUCACGUGAAGAUGAUCACUGGCGACAAUGUGUUCACCGCUAAGGCAAUCGCAGCCGAGUGUGGCAUACUCGACCCCGACGAACGAGUUUCAAACGAUGAAGUAGUUGAAGGAGCCGAGUUCAGAAACUACUCACCUGAGGAACGGGCCAUUCGGGUCGAGCGUAUCCGAGUCAUGGCCCGAUCUUCCCCGCUCGACAAGCUCCUAAUGGUACAAUGCUUGAAGCAGAAGGGACACGUGGUGGCUGUCACAGGGGAUGGCACGAACGACGCCCCUGCACUCAAGGAAGCUGACAUCGGCCUAUCAAUGGGGAUACAGGGCACUGAGGUCGCAAAGGAGAGCUCCGACAUCGUAAUUCUGGAUGACGAUUUCUCGUCGGUGGCGACUGUUCUACGGUGGGGCCGGUGCGUGUACAACAACAUCCAGAAGUUUAUCCAGUUCCAGCUGACGGUGAACGUGGCGGCCCUGGUCGUCAAUUUCGUGGCGGCUGUUUCGGCCGGAGACGUGCCCCUGACGGCGGUUCAGCUCCUGUGGGUUAAUCUCAUCAUGGAUACGCUCGGGGCACUGGCGCUGGCCACCGAGAAGCCGACCGACGGGCUCAUGCGGAGCCCGCCCGUCGGCCGGUCUGAACCGCUCAUCACGAACGUCAUGUGGAGGAACCUCCUGGCGCAGGCGGCGUACCAGAUCGCGGUGCUGCUGGUCCUGCAGUUUGGGGGCCGAUCGAUUUUGGGCGUGGGUGAGGAGGUGAAUCGGACGAUCGUGUUUAAUACGUUCGUGCUGUGUCAGGUUUUCAACGAAUUCAACGCGAGGGAUUUGGAGAGGAAGAAUGUGUUCAGAGGGGUUUGGGGAAAUCGGCUGUUUUUGGGGAUUAUUGGGGUGACGGUGGUGCUGCAGGCAGUGAUGGUGGAAUUUCUGAGGGAUUUCGCCGGCACGGUGAGGCUGAGCUGGGCGGAGUGGGGCGCGUGCGUGGCAAUCGCGGCCGUGUCGUGGCCGAUUGGGUGGGCGAUGAAGUUCAUGCCGGUGGGGAGGAGGCCGUUUUUGAGUUAUUUUAGGUUUCCGGCUUUCAAGCUGUGGUAG